UCAUUAAAACAUUUUCUGUUUCUGAUAGCAUUGUAAAAGAUUGAUCAGAACUUCUAAUACAUAUUGCAUUACUUUUAGUCAGUUUAAAAAUAACAUUUAUACCUGUUACUGUUACCAAAACAAUCGUUGCUUCCGAAACAAAUCAACAGAAGUCCUUUUGGCAGCAAGUCAAGCAUUUGAAUUACUUUUUACUCUAACCUCCAUCCCAUUCUUUCAUUCAUGGCAGAAACAGCAGCAAAAACGGGGAGAAAACGUGACCCUAUUUGGACAGAGUUCGAAAGACUGCCGGGCAAUAAAGCCAAAUGCCGCCACUGUGAGCAGCCUGAAAUAAUUUCAGGCGUAGCGCACCGAAUGAAAACCCAUUACUUGAAGUAUCAUCAACAAAGGGAAAAGCACUCGAUCAAAAAUCAUUCAUUAACAAAAACUUGUGCCGAAGCAGCAGCAAAAACGGGGAGAAAACGUGACCCUAUUUGGACAGAGUUCGAAAGACUACCGGGAAAUAAAGCCAAAUGCCGCCACUGUGAGCAGCCUGAAAUAAUUUCAGGUGUAGCGCACCGAAUGAAAACCCAUUACUUGAAGUAUCAUCAACAAAGGAAAAAGCACUCGGUCAAAAAUCAUUCAUUAACAAAAAAUUCGUCAGAACAUUCAGAUGUUUCAAAAUUAGCCAAAAAUGAUUCGCCCGAUGAGAACAAAACAAUCAAUCAGGCUAUUGAGAAGUUUUUUAUUGACUGCGAAAUCCCUGCCGAUAAAGCAAAGCACGAGAGUUUUAUUUAUAUGACCAAAGCAUUGCGUCCCGGUUAUAAGAUUCCAGAUGAUUUUGAAGAAAGUCUGAAUUAUCAACAAUUGCUGAAAUCAAUAAUCAAUUACAACGGUAGCAAACUUCUGACAUCUUUAAUCGAAAUUAAGGAGUACAAUUGCCAGCACCUGCCGGAAAAGUUUACUACAAAGCCUUUAUCGCGUUGUAUGGAAAAUAGAAACUUUAAUCUCACUGUGGAAAGACCUUGCAUAUUUGGACGUGGGAUUAAUUUUCAGAAUUUUUUCAAUGCCUGUUUAGAGUACAAAUUUCUCAUAGAAAGACCUGAAGACGCGCCUUUAACAGGAGUUCUAACGAAACAGUUAGAUCGUCCCCCACAAUUGCACAAGCGGAAGCCACCUCUUCCUCCAGUUUACGAGUACUGUUGCCAACAGGAGGCAAUGAAUCAGAUACAUGUCGAAUUGCAAAAGAGUGAUCUCUUUCGAAGCAUCCAACAUCAUGCAGGCAACAAUUUUCUGCAGUUUUCAAUUAAGAAACAAAUUAAUUUUGUCAAUAAAAAUGUCUCCGGAAUCGAUAGAGAUCUGACUGGACCGUUCGCAAUAAACUGUGGUAGAGCGAAGACUCUUCUAGAUAGUCUCACUUCUUCAAUAUCUUUAAUGAACUAUGAUGGCCUCGGUUGCAGCACACAUGCAUGGAAGCGUUUGCUCUCCGAAUACGAUGAAAGCCUCAAAAAUGAGGAUCGUAAGUGGCUUGAGUUAGCUCAAAGACUAUACGAGAAACACGCGCCUGUAUUUGCACUAGUUGCUUAUGCUGUAGACCCGGAGUAUUUAGGAGAAAAACUGACGGAACUAGAGAGGGAAUCUGCGGCCAACUGGGUGCAAGAGUUCUACCCUGAAUGCUUCUCCGACUAUCAAAAGUUUACCGGGCUCAGCACCGAUCAUUUAGACAGUCUACGUAAAGUUUUUGAUGAAAAGAAUCUGGAAUUUUGGAAAGGGCUACUUGAAUUUGGAAUAAUAAAUGCGCCAUUUGCAGCUAUGGGGAAAAUCUUGAUGAAUCUCGUCUGCUCUUCAUAUGUAGAUCUAACAAUCAAACAACCCGGCGAGGCUAGUGACAUAAGUGACAUAAGUGACAUAUCGGACAACGAUGAGAACAGUUAGACGGCUUUUCCACUGAUCUAAGCCUUUAUCGUCAACUUUACUACAAACGUGCCUAUACCAUUUAGAGUAAAUUAUACUUUUAGUUCCAGAGUUCAACUUUAAAAAUCAAAAAAGAGUACUUGGUUUUGAUCCAAUUAUUCGCAACUUGCCACAACAGGGUUUGAAAGUUCAUGUAAACUUGUUCCUAAAUUCAAUAAAUUUAUAGUAGCUCUCUAGAACUGAAACGAGUUCUUUGUUCACUAGUUAAUUAACACAUGCUCAAGAU